AUGGAUCCAAUCCUAGAAGGAUACGUCCAGUACCGCGACGGUAAAAAGUGGAAGAGGCGUUACUGCGUCCUUUGUUCGCCUUCAAAAAGCCUUAGUGUCCUCCACCUCUACUUCGGCAAGUCUAUCAACGACUUCAACGCCGCAUUCCGCUCCUCGCAGGGCUCCAUUGCCGCUUCCAGCUCCGCUUUGGGUCCUUCCACCAAUACCGCCAACACAAAUUCCACUUCCGGCAGCGGCAGCAAACCCACUGUCAGUGUAUUCCACAGCCUCACCACCCGUUCCAAUUACUACUGCAAUCUUCCCCAUCCCCAAUCUCACGCCUACUAUGUGGCUGAUCCCGUCACAGAGAUGUGCAACCAAGCCGAGCGCGCUAUGGUGCACGAUCUUGAGGCGGCUGCGGGUCGCGCUCGCAGUUUGGGCUGCCCGGUGCCUCUUGACACUGUGACGGGCUUUGAGACGGGUUGCCACCUCAGCGGCGAGUCCAAUGUCGUGCUGUUGAUUGGAUGGAAAACCGUCCAUCCCAUCGCGCUGCCCAGUGUGGACGAAAUGUUCAAUUGGGCUGAAGUGUUGGAGCGCGCGCUUAUUGACUCUAGCUACCACGUCACAUUGUGUCGCGUCGGUAGUGCCAGUGACAACACCUCAGCAAGCAGUUGCGUGCUUGGUGUGGGAGGCAGUAGCUACGGCAUUGUCGGUGGUAGCGGAGGUCUUGGUGGUGGUAGCGGGGCAGCUGCCUCCGUGUCGGCUUCCUCUUCUACCACUUCUGGCAUCAUUCCUACCUCCACCGUCGUUGUUGGCGGUGGUAACGUUACCUCCUCUGUCUCCUCCUCUUCCUCCUCCUCCCGUCUACAACUUGGCCUUCAAGCCAGUCUCCACGUCCAACAAUGGCGUCUUUGUCUUAUCGGUGAGCCCUCUGCGGGAUGUCAAUUCAUUGCGCAAUGGCGGCUUGAUGCGCUGGACGCCGCCUAUACCAUGGAAAAUAGCAGCAACAGUGGCGCCUUUUCCACCUUUGGUGGAUCCGCUUAUGACCCCGUGGGGGGGCAAACUUUCCUAGGCUUCACCCCGCCCGGUGCUCAAGGUGUCUUCUCGACAUCCAGUGCCUCCUAUCAGAACGAUGAUAGAUUCUUUUUGGAGGCCAAUCGUGCUGCUGGCAAAGGUCUGACAGGCAGCUACGUCUUCCAAGUGGAUGGCCGACGACUGGGACAGCUGGCGCGCGCGAUAGAUGAAUUGAUGCUGCGUCGCUUUCCUGCGCUCACUGCGCCACCGGGCACUCGGGUCCUUCCCUCCACUAACACCGAUGAUGAUUCAUUGCACCUACGCAAGUCCGCUGCGAUCGAAAUUCGCUCCAGCGGUGGGGCUGAAAAGCCGCUCUUCGGUGCCUCAUCCUCCUCUCUCUCACCUCCUACUGGGGUAGGGGGUGGUGUAGGUGGCGGUGGUGGUGAAGGAGGUGGUAUCUUCGGUUCCGCUUCACCCCAUGGUGGCAGUGGUGGCUCCUUCGCACCUUCUAGUUUGCCGACAAGAGGUGCGGGUGUGUCUACUGUCACUGCUUCUGCCGCUGCAGUGGGGGAAAUGCCGAUGGUCUCACAGCCCUCUUCCUCAUCGACGUCUUCUUCUAGAUCGAAAAAAUCGGGGCACCGGCAGUUUUUCGGUGGUGCUCAAACACUGGGACGAUCGGACGCGAUUAAGAUUCCCACGCGACGAUUCACUACAGCACUUUCCAAAAUGACUGGCGACGGCGGAUUCUCUUCACGUGGACGGUCCUCCUCUAAAACAGGUUCCGGAGAAGGCAGCGCGGAGGGCAGUUCCUCUGAUGCCUCCUCUGCGAAACCACAACCACCUCUCUACUUUCCUUCCGUCAUGGUUGGUGCGGGGAUCAUCACUUCCCUUGUGCCCGCUCCACCUCCACCGUCACAGACCGCACGUUCCGAAGUGUUCGGCACAUCUGUUGCACCCUCCGCCACGGCUACAACCUCACUUCGACCAAAACAAAAGUCAGAGCUUCCUCCAUCGAUGGUCGCCCCACCGCCCCCGCCACCACCUCCACCGCCACAUUCAACACCCCCCUCUUCCCCAUACUGUCUAGCCUGUGAGCGUUGUCAACGCCGCGAACGGAGAGGUCAUCAGAAGACUUCUUCCGCUGAUCCUGCUUCGAUUUCCUCCGAAGAUGGUGGCGUCGGAGUUGGCGGUGGCGGUAACGGUGGUGGCAUAUUUGCUGCUGAUGAAGAUGUAGAACAGCCAUUGCCUUUACCAGUGGCAGAAUGCCGGCGCUUACUCCCCCCCUACCGCGGGCUUUACAAUCUUUACAAACAGCUCUACCGCACAGUGAAACCGUUCCACACGAACCGCAGGCUUCCGCGAAGUGGGUCCUUUGAUAUUUGCGCUGCACGAAGACGAAAAUUGGUUCGAGGGAGGGUGUUUGAAGCUCUCGGAGGUGGCGAAGGCAGUGCUUUGGAUCGUCUAUUAUUUAGCAUUUCACCUCCACUCGGUGAUAUUACCUCCUGUGUCUUUCUUCUUGCCUUUUCUCCACCCUUUAAACCUCCUUCAACAGAUGAGAUGGAUUAUCGAUGGUAUCUGGUACACCGGCCAGGCAACUGUUGUUCUCGAUGCUGUCUGUGGAAUACACCAAUCCUUCUGGCAGAGCUGAACCUCCAAGAUGUGGUUGCUCAUCAGAUCUAUAUCCUUUCUUUGAAGGAGGGCCGGAAAACUGAGUCUUUACGCAGCAUUCCCUGUGGUGCCAUCCCUUGUCUGUCCACUUCGCGACUCUUUGUUUGGCGAUUCGCUGGUGCUGCGCCUUUCGGCGAAAUGUCCCAAUGCUCGUCUCACAUUAAAUCGAACCUUCUACGGCCUUGGUCGGUGCUCUACCUCGGUCCAGACAACGAAAUCGAUGACGGCACCCUUCCUGUCUCCCCAGCUAUUCUCUCCUUCUCCUCCUCGUACUGUUGUUGUUGCUACUGUGGCUCUCCCCUUUCCCAACAGCGCCAUAGGUCGCGAACACAACAACAGCCUCAACAGUCGCAAUGUCAGCAGCAGCAACAGUCGAAUUAUCAUGCCUAUGCGAAUUUGAUUCGCAACACUGGCAGCAGCACCCUUCCUAGUGUUUCUCGACGCAAUCAUCACCACCGAACCGCCCCAAUUGCCUUUCCUGGAAAACCCUCCGUCCCUUGUGACGUCCCGGAUGGCCAUAAUCGUCGUGGAGUUUUCUCCGCCUCUUCCACGUCAUGUUCUACAUCACAAGCCUCGUCGCCAAGUUCACCUCAGGGUCACGUUUCCUACUACAAUCUCACGAGUGGUGUGGGUCCCGCUUGUCUCCCACCGAAUCCUCUGAAGUACCCUUUCCACGAAGAGCGCCCGAGUGGAGCGUACGCCAAUCUGCAACAUCUUUAUGCGUCACUUAAUUUGCAACAAAAUCGGUGGCGGAUGCCGUGUAGCGUUCGCGCCCCCGCAUCCGCUGCCGUUGCAGAGCAAAUUCCGGAUGAGAUCCGUGAACCAAAACGAAAUUACGCGUUGGUGGACCUUCGUCCCAGUCCGGCUAGUUCGGUGAUUGCUCCUGGGGACACAAUCACCUUUGUGUCUACUUCGGAAGAUACGGUUUCGACCGCAACAGACGGUGGUGCUGCUGGUGGGGUUGGCGCCACUAGCGGCGGUGGUGGCAGUGGAAGUCGAACCGAUUCCAGCGCUUCCACGCUGCAUACAAACACUUCCACUUCCUCCUCAGCUGCGACCUUCGUUCCAGGAAACGGUGGAAAUCGUUCACGAACUGCUUCUCAACUCCGGCGGACCUCAUCGCAUUCGCUGACCGCUGUGCUUCCGGUUCCAACAUUGAAUUACGUCCAUAUCAUGACGAAGCGGGAUGCGAAGGCAGCAGUAGCGGGUGCUGCAGGAUGUGAGAGUCCCCUUUCCUCCUCCACUGCUACCUCUUCAACCACGAGUUCAUCAGACAAGGAACAACGCGCUCCGGCAGCAGUACCGUUGAAUAUAACAACUCCGACGGCUCUAGCAUCUUCCGCAGAGCAAAUUCCCUAUGCACAAAUCGAUUUUGAGCGCACCAGAGCCUUAAACGCGGUGAACGGGGCGGGAGAGGUGAACCAUCCCCAUGGACACCAUUUCCACCGCUUCCGUCAGCACAAAGCAGCCACAAAUGCCUUAGCUGUACCAUUAAGCGGCGCCAAGCCAUCGAUAGUGAGCGGAUGUGGUGGUCUACGAGGCUUGAGCACGCGAAAAAAGUCCGAUGGAUGGUGA